AUGUCUCUUAUAAUGACAAAGGCGGCACUUGCCUUAAAAAAUGCUGAAAGUAACUUUCAGUUUGUAAAAUUUGAAGCGCAUAAACCGAAAAAGAAGAAGGAGACACAUGACAAGGACAACAUAACAAACGAUUAUAAGUUAGAUGGGAAACCAUCCAACAAGGAUUUAGACCUGAAAAAAAUAAGACACGAAGUUUUGAAAUUUGGCAUGUCUGGUUUUGAUCCCACAAAGAAACAAGAGGCGAAAAUUGCAUUGGCAGUUAGUUUAGGCGCCAAACCUCCGAAAAAGGAGUAUUUGAACUACAAAGAUUUAAUGCAGAAAAGGAAAGAAGAAAAACUUAAAGCCCAAGAAGAGAAGCAGUUGAUGAUGUCUAAGAGUAUUUUACACACAGGUGGCAAGAAGAAGAAAAAGACAAAUAAUGAUGUUGGACAUUUAUUAAGUAGCUACGGAAAGGUUCAGAAAAAAGAUUUAAAGAAAAAUAAUGACAAAGGUGCAAAGAAGAAGAAAAAGAGAUAA